AUGGGCUUGGAUAUCUAUCUGCAUUUUAACAAGGUCUCUUCAAGACCACUAUCAGGCUACCUUGAACUGAACGAACUCAACAAAAAUCCAGUUGAAGGCUUUUCAGCAGGUUUAAUAGAUGACAAUGAUCUCUACCGAUGGGAAGUUCUUAUUAUUGGUCCUCCAGAUACACUUUAUGAAGGUGGUGUUUUUAAGGCUCAUCUCACUUUCCCAAAAGAUUAUCCCCUCCGGCCUCCUAAAAUGAAAUUUAUUACAGAAAUCUGGCACCCAAAUGUUGAUAAAAAUGGUGAUGUGUGCAUUUCUAUUCUUCAUGAGCCUGGGGAAGAUAAAUAUGGUUAUGAAAAGCCAGAGGAACGCUGGCUUCCUAUCCACACUGUGGAAACUAUCAUGAUUAGUGUCAUUUCUAUGCUGGCAGACCCUAAUGGAGACUCACCUGCUAAUGUUGAUGCUGCGAAAGAAUGGAGGGAAGACAGAAAUGGAGAAUUUAAAAGGAAAGUGGCCCGCUGUGUAAGAAAAAGCCAAGAGACUGCUUUUGAGUGACAUUUAUUUAGCAGCUAGUAAUUUCACUUAUUUCAGGGUCUUCAAUUGAGAAACAUGGCACUGUUUUUCCUGCACUCUACCCACCUAUUGCUGGACUUCUGUUGUAACAAGUUGGCAAACACUGGCUGGAACUGGGCUGCAAUAAAACAUGCCAGUUAUCAAUGCUGAAAAGAGCCUAACAAGUGCCAACUUACAGAUGAUUACGCAUUUUGAAUUCUAAUGAACUGUUUUAACCUUCAGGAAGAAUUGUAAAGACCUGUACAUAGCACAACAUGAUCCGGAUAAUAUAUAUACUAUACUGUUCAUGUACAUCCACAAAUACACCUUGUACCAAAUAAUGCUUUCUUGUAGUAGAAUAAGAAUCGUGUAAAUCCUAAAAGAUCUUAGCAGGUUUUCUUUCCGUAUUCAUUGUUUCUUACCAGUUUUAAAAGACUUCCUUAAAGCAUGUCAGAUGAAAAGCAAUUAGGAUUAAAAGUUCUCAUUUAAUUUCCUUUAAACCAUUGAGGCUUCAUUAAACUCUUUUUCACUUACUAAACUUUGGCAUCUUCUUUGUUUUCACACACUCCCCUUUGCUUUUAUCUCUUCUUUCUGCCAGAAAGUUAGUUUAAAUACUGAAAUACUUAAUAAGCAAUUACUUGAUUUUAAAUGAUGACUUCAGAGGAGUGGUCAUCACUAGGUGCUUUGUCCUUUUUUGUAUUCUGAUUGCACCCAUAUCUUGGAUUGGAUGUAGCAAUAAUAUUUUUUGGCUAUUGAGAGCUCUUGAACCCAGUCAUAACCCCUGAAAACUGAAAAGAGUUGGUUCUGAAUUGAACUUAUUGAAAUUUUACCCUAAACAAUACAAAAUUCUGAUUUGGUUUUAUUUUUGCCCUUUAGCUGCCUAAUGUUAAGGUUGGAUAAAUAAAGCAUGCACAGCUACAGACUUUCUACUUAACCUCUGGGUUUGCUAUUAAAAAUGCUGUUUUCCCUAUCCUUCUCCUGAGUCCUUCAUAUUUCUUUGCCUCUACUAUACUGCAGAUUUUUCUCACCUAUUGUACAAAGAAAUUGCGAUGUAUAUUUUCAUGUAAUUUGAUUUUGGAAUCCUGUCACCUUAUGUAGUGAGUUCUUCCAAAAUAUAAUUUUUUUCCAAUAA